CCAAUCUCUUCCCCGUCGUCUCCCAAUGCUCGGAGCAAUCUACUUGCUUCACUUCGGCUUAUCCUGAACCUGUCUCGCGCGCGCCAUUAGGAAACCGCCGCCAGAGGACGAGACGGCGGCGACAUGCGGUUCAGGAUCAGGAAGAAGGCUGCCUCUGCGGCGGCGGCGGCGACUGACGGCAGCAACACGCCCGCUGCUUCCACGGCCGCCGUGCUGGCGGGUAUCGGGAGCGCGGGCGGCGGCGGCGGCGGCGGGGCGUUGAUCGUCGCUAGCCCAGAUCGCUAUGGCACAGAGAACGGAGGAAGCAGAGAUGAGUCAUUCUUCGAGGCAAGGCCGUGGUUAGACUCUGAUAGCGAAGAUGAUUUCCAAAGCGUGAGGGGAGACUUCACUCCUUCAAGAGGUAGUAUUAGUACCCCAGAUCACCAGAUGCAAACAUUCGCAGCGCGGUUAUCUGUGGACACACCAAAUCCUUCACUGACGGACAAGAAACAGAGGCUCCUUGAGCUUCUCCAGGAAAAGCAGCAGUAUGACGACGAGCAAGAUGGCGCUACCGAUGCUGGUAGCGAGACGGGGAACGGCACUGUUCGUGCUGAAGAACACCUGAAUCCUUCUGGUAAAGUAGAGAAGGCAAAGAAGCCAACCAAGACAGGCUGCUUCCCUUGCUCUGUUUGGAAGCUUAGUUUCAAGAGCUGCUGGAAGAAGAAGAAAAGAGCAUAAGAAUUUGUGUGUUCUUUCACAAAUCAAUUUGUGAGUUAGUUCUUAGUUGUUGGAUUUUGAUUUCUUGAAAAAUAUUAUCGCAACAGAGAGGGUACAUGUAUAUACCUUUCUUUCGGUAAAAUGCCGCAAGAACUAGCCCUAAAAAAGAACAAUCUGGAGUGGCCUCUUUAAUAGUGGCGACAAUAGUGGGACACAUAUAAUGCAUGGUAACAUAUACAUGAAUACAUUUUUGUUUUGUCACCA